UAUCAGUUGAUCUUUUGAAAUGUACGUUAUAAUAAUAACUGCUAAUUACUCGGAAAUGAGACAAAAGUUAAUGUUAUUGACAUUUUAGAAUUGCCUAAUAUAGAGGGACACAGCCUUACAAUCAAUUUAGUUUGUCGAGAUUCUGCCUAAACAAACGCAUCAAAUUACUCCGAAGAUUCAUUCGAUACCUUGUUGGGGACUUUUGUUUUAAUUGUUAUACACGAAUUUUAAGCAUGCAUUGAGUGUAAUGAAGUUAAAUAUUUGUCUACAACCAACAUGACUUUGAAGUGGCUCAUCAUCUAUAUUUGUGUUGGCUAUUUAAAUACAGUAUCUCUUCAACCUAAGUUUGUUUAUAAACCAACGGAGUUUCCGUACUCGAGGUGCUUUGAAAAUGGUACGAACCGAAUGGCAUGUGAAAAGCUAAAUAUCAGUAAAGAACGACUGGAAAAACAAAGCAUGUGGCCACCAGGGCCAUACGCAAUCCCAAUGUCCAAGUAUGGCUGUCCGGAGUCUAAAUCUCAGGGUUGGUUUAAAAGCUUUUUGAAGGUCAGCAUGAUUACUUCGGAAAAUACUUCUACAGUAUUGUAUGGGGAUUGGUUGAAAAGAUUUGUUGAGUUAUACGAUAUCCUUUUCAAAUUACCUGAUCGUAAAGAAAAUUUGACGCUCUAUUUUUGUGUGAAAUUCCGAAACGAACCCACACUUGAUAAAGAACACUGGAUUCCUGGAAACUACAGUAUUUACAAGAUCGGCCCGUCGUGCCCUACAGCAUUUGAGGAAUUAAACGGAACACUUCCUGUAACUAAUGUUGUGUCCUCUGGUCAUAUUCCAAAUAUUGCAGUAUCAAAAGAAGGGCAAUCUGAAGAAACUUUCAGCAUCUCAAUGUGUAGAAAAAUGGAAUUUACUGACAUGGCAGACUUUCAUUCAACUGUAACAUUCAAAAUGUUAGGGACUGAUUUCAUUCUUGAAAAGGCAAGGUUUCUUUUUUCUUUUCUUUGA